UUGGUAAAUUGCCCCUCUUUCCAUCUUCCCCUCAUUCGUGUCUCUGCAUGUCUAUGAAUUCCUAUAUUAGACCCCCCACCUCCAUUGCAACUUUUAUUAUUUCCUGAUCUUCCACCAUUUUCUUUCAUCAGUACAAGGCAAAGUAAAAAACAACAAUGGGUCGGCCUUCCUCACCACUCUCGGCGCAUCUUCCGCCCUUAAUCAUGGGCACUGCGACCUUCAACUCACAAUACAAUCACGACCCUUACGCUCUCCCGACCACCGAUCUGGUCCACCGCGCUCUCACCGAUGGCGUACGUGCCUUCGACACAUCGCCUUACUACGGCCCCGCCGAGGAACUCCUGGGCCGCGCUUUGGCCAGCGAGGCCGUCCGCACCGCGUUUCCCCGCCACACAUACCAGAUUCUCACGAAGGUAGGCCGCAUCGCCUCCUCAUCCUUCGACUACUCGCCGCGAUGGGUUCGCCACAGCAUUCGCCGAAGUCUGCAGCGACUGCACACCGAUUACCUUGACGCGGUGUACUGCCACGACGUCGAGUUUGUGUCGCGCGCUGAGGCUUUGGACGCUGUGCGGGAGUUGCGGCGCAUCCGUGACACCGAGGGUACGAUCCGCUACGUGGGCAUCUCGGGGUAUCCAGUGGAUGUGCUGUGCGAAAUCGCUGAGCUGGUACUGCGCGAGACCGGCGAGCCGUUGGACAUCGUACAAUCGUAUGCGAACUUCACACUGCAGAAUACGAAGCUCCUGAGCCAGGGUUUGCCGAGAUUGGUGGCUGCUGGGGUGGACGUGGUGCCGAAUGCGUCACCGCUUGGCAUGGGUCUGUUGAGGAAGGAAGGAGUACCGAUUGGCAGCAUGGGGGAUUUUCAUCCAGCCCCUGAUGGGCUGCGCAAUGCUGUUCUUAGGGUGGGAGCGUGGACUGAUAAUCAGAUGGGGGAGAAGCUGGAGGUCAUUGCAAUCCGAUUUGCGUUAGAGAGAUGGCUACGCGAUGGAGCCAAGGUUGGGGCUCGGGGCCUGCCUCUAGCGCGUGCGCCCAACGCCGAUCCAAGCUUGACGCCAGUUACUACUAAUGGCACUGGAGAACGGUUGGGCGUCAGUGUGAUGGGCGUUAGCAACUUGGGUGAGUUGGAUGAGACGCUUCGCGUAUGGCGGAGUAUUGUCGAUGGACUAGACAGUGGCGAAGAUGAGCAGCCGCAGUCCUCCGCUGGCCUGAAAUCAGAGGGCCUAGUUAGUGAUCGUAUCUCAUCCCUGGCCCAGCAGGUUCAGGCCAUCCUUGGUUCCGAGUGGGUGGACUAUACAUGGGCCAGUCCAGGAUCAGACUUCGUCAACUCUCUACCUGCUGAUCACCUGUCCUCUCUGGAGGAAGCCGAAGAAGCUGCUGCAAAGGCUCGUCUGGGCGCUAAAACUUUUGCAACGCAGCCCGUUCAGGUAGUGAAUAAGACAACACACUUUUGAGACUGUCUGUCAUGACAAGACAUCUAAUGAUCUAUGCCCUUUCUGCCUGGCUCUGGUCUGGUAUCUGACGCGUUUCUUGGAUGGCUUCACUCUCGAGCAAGAGUGACGACCAGAUUCUACCUUCAUUUAUUCCUUAUGAUGAUCAAGGAUAAUUCGAGAUGGCGUGUGGUGUGUACUUGCCACUAUCAGAACUGUAUAGCAAGUGGUCAUUCUUCAAGAAAUCGUCCUAAUCUUGCAAACACUGUUCAUCGUCUUUUCCAUCUGCAACAUCCUCCCCAAGGACCCGCA